GUAUGGACAAAGAUCUUAACGAAGAUGAUGAGUUAUCAUUUUUGGUUAUUGAUGGAAAUGAAGAUGGAGACAUCCUACUACCAGUACUACCCCAACAUUUACAUUGUGCAUUACAUACACUUGGUCUAUUAGCGACAACAGAUUUCCAGAAUAUAUUAAAGAAUUCAAAUGCCAAUAAGUACCACCAUCCAGCAUUAUCAAAAUGUUCGACCUUAUGGUUUUUUCACGAAGACCGAAAUUAUCAGAAGUUAUUAGUAAUAUAA